AUGUCCUCGUCCUUCGCUCGGACGAUUUUCACAACAUUAAGCCCUUAUGCACGGUGUGGAAUUGUUUACUUCACCGUAAAGUUUAUGCGAAUGAACAAAGUUAAGCCAUCAUCAUUACUAAAAGAUAUAAAUUCUUUGCAUUUUCGUCUUGUUCUCUUUAUACCACUUAUACCAAAGAAGUAUUUGAAUUUUAAAAUUAUUCAAAAUUAUUAUAACUUAUUUUAUCAUAUACAACCUACAAAAUCAGAGGAAAAAAAAAUGAGAACGUCAACAUUCCUCCUACUAGUAAUCAUUUUUCUAACAAUCAAUGUACAUUACUCAAUCAUUGAAAUUCAAGCAAUCGAAAACUCUGUUGAAAUAUAUUCACCUAUCCAAGGUUUGUACCCUAUUGGUUCAGAUUUAUGUAUUAAAUGGAGUUUUGUUGGGUAUGAUGAAAAUAAAAGUUUUAAAUUUGAUUCACUGACUUUGUUAUUUUUUAACAUUACAGCUAAAGUUUUCGUACAAUUAUGGCGAAUACCUCCGGACUCAAAUGCUAAGCUAGUCUGGAGCGUUUCCGCUUUGCUCUAUUUGGACAAUAUCUGCUUCACUGUCACUUCAAAUUGGUCCGAGAAUGAUACGUUUUAUGUAAAUCUCACACCAAAAAAUUAUCCUAAGCAGGAGUUUCGGGCAGUUCGCGGCGAACCACGCACCACCCCAACAGAAAAAAAUUAUCCAGUUGAGACAUCCCGUAGGAUGUUCAAGACGGCAGCCACCAGCUUUAGUGCAAUGCCAAUAGCCACCACCUAUACAACCACCUUGUUGAUCAUGGUCAUAUCCUGGCAGCAACCUUCGACUUCAAAAAAUUCUACAUCCUCAGAAAAACAUAAUGCAACACAACGUUUAGCACAAUUCGUUCAAGAAGACGAUUCUGCAAGAUACGUUAUUGAUUCUGAAAAUGUGAUUUGUCGUAAUCCUGCUUUUAACACUGACUUUAAAAUAGAAGCAGAAACUGGCGAGAAAGAAGUGAUCGGAGGGACGGGGAAACUAAGUUGUGUGAAAUUAAAAGAAUUGGAUAAAGCAGAAAUAUUUACUGAAAUGCAAAAGUUGGGUUUUUUUUGUGCUUUGGCACAAGAUCCAAAAAAGAAUGGAAUAGAGUGUCGGAAGAUCUAG